CUAACGGUACCAAUGAGGUGUUCAAGGCUCUGCCGUACAUGGUUAUCGGAUAAAAAAAGGAUAGCAGAAAGUUUACGGCUCAUGAAACUCUCAGAAUGAAUGGGACAACAUACUCCAACUUUGACAACCAAGAACACGUCUUGAAGUUAGGAGAGACGUUCGAGAAACACCCUAAAAGUGGCUACCAUACGGUGCGAUAUGACUUCAAGCCAGCCUCCAUUGAUACAUCAUGUGAAGGGGAACUUGAAGUGGGCAAAGGAGAGCAAGUCACUAUUACUUUGCCCAAUUUAGAGGGUUCAAGUGCUCCAGUGACGGUCUUCAAGGGGUCCAAGAGGCCGUACAUGAAAGAGUGCAUCCUCAUUGUGAACCAUGACACAGGAGAGUACAGACUGGAAAAACUCAACAGCAAUAUAGCUGUGAAGAAGACCAGGGCUGAGGGUAGCAGUAAGAUCCAUUCUCGCAUAGAGCAACAGAACAGUCGCCUCACCCAGCAGGUGAAGACCGGCAGCAGUAGCAGCGGCAGCAGCAGCAGUAACAAAACCUCAGCCAGCUCCAAGAGUUCUCCUCCCAAAGAAAAGACAUCCCCGGCAUCUCCCAUGGACGACAUCGAGAGAGAGUUGAUGGCAGAGGCACGGGGCAUGGACCAGCUGAGCAGCGGCGACAGCUCCUCAGACUCCAACAGCUCCUCGUCCUCCAGCAGCGACGACAGCUCCAGCAACAGCGACUCUGAAGACGAGCGGGCUGCUGCGCCACCUCCACCCCCGGCUCCGACCAACCCCAGCAUGCCCAGCAUGCCCAUCAUCACCACCAGCACCAACAAUAACAGUCGCCAACAGGAGAGUGGAGGAGGACUCAUUAACACACUCAAGAGUGAUCUCCAGCUGAGUGAAUCCGGCAGUGAGAGCGACUGAACAACCUGUACGGACAUCAGGAGGAUUUUCAGUGAGGAGUGAAGGAACCGGGUACAGACCUGUCAGUGUCUUACUUCCUUCCCCAAAUUCACAUUUCUGCUAGCAAAUACAAUUUGUUGCUUCUCCGCCAACAAACUUCAUUUUUAGGUGACAUUUCUUGCUUUGUGAUCUUUAUUUUUCUGGUGCGCAAACUGUAUGUUACAAGGAUGCCUUAUUUCAGAGUGAACCGAUGGUGCAACAGAAGCAGUAAAUUAUAAUGAACCGUCUGUAGUGUUUCAUCUCACUGGGUGCACAUUUAGCAUAUCAGAGGCAGAAUGACAGCCGGGGUAAUGUCGUGCAGAUGGAUGUUUUUUCCCACCAAUCACUCGUCCUUAACCACCUCUGGAGUUCCUGCAUUUCAGCUUAGCAAUAUUACGAUAGUUUGUCGUGCCUUAGGUCAGAUUUCUGUAGAUAGUUUCAGUUUAGCUGCAUUCGUUUCUUAUAGGAAACAUUCAUCUGUCACAACUGAUAGUAGACAAGCAGAGAACACAGACCUCUGACAGGCCAAAAAAACCAAUUUGUUUUUCUGUAAUAAUGCAAAAAGAACUAAAUGGAGGUAAUAAUUAGACGUGUUUUUUCUCAGGAUGAGCCACACCUAUAUCAGUCCUUUUACUUUUGUCCUUUAGAGUUGUUAAGUUAGAUGUAGAGCUUAUUGCUUUGUAAACUCAGCUGCAGGACAACAAACCACUCUUUAUUUAAAGUUAGAUUAAUUAAAAGAAUGGCCUGUUGACAUUAAUGCAUUAUCUACUUAAAGUGUAGCAAACUGUUUCUUCAUAACACACCCUGUGGAAGUCACAAAUGAUCCUAAAUUGUUAGCUCUGGAAACAAACUAAAGAAUCCAAUAUUCACCCUCGUUUUAGCUCUGAUUUGUUCUUCACCAACACCUGAAGAAUACAUAUCUGGCUUUUUACCCGCUAGAUGCUCCAAUAAGUCUCACAGCUACUUGCUAAAUUAGUCGAUGUUCUGUUUCACACUCGGCGAGGAGUUCGCUUUUAAAUUGACGGUUUUGAGGCAUAUAACAACUGCCUGCUGUGACUGAACACCAGGUUGAUGAGAGCGGAGUUUGUUGGCCAGAACACCAAAACAAUCUGCUGAAAUGCUCUGUAUCGCUUCAGGACAAAAGGCUUAGGAUAAUUAAUAUUGAUCAUUGCAGCAAAACCUUGAUUACUGCAUAUCUCGGUUUAUAAGUAGUUCUGAUUUCUUGCGAAGACGUGCGCCUAGUUGACUCAGUGAGGGUCAUGCUUUUUAGCUUUAAACCUGCAAUACUUGAAUCUAAUUAUUUAUAUUUCAAAAUAUACUCGAACAUCAGCGAAAAGCUUAAUAUAUUUUCUAUAUAUAUCUCACAAGCCAAGCAAUUGGAAAUGCAAGUUAGUAUGAUGAACUGUAUUGCGCAAAACAAGACGCUUUGAUGCUGCACCUCAAUGUGAGUCUUAAAGAACUUGUUGUGCCUUUUAUGUUAUUUUAAUUAUUAACACAGGCCUUCUUUUUGUUUUGUCACAAGCCCAAUGUUCCCUGUUGCGCGCCGACUCAGCGUACGGGAAGUUGCUGUUUAUGUCUCAGCCUUUAUUUUGGCAUCCCAGCUGACUGGUGAAGAUGUCUUUAAAAUGUUUCAGCCUUAAGGAGAACGGUGGCCUCAGAGAAUCAUUUGUAAACUAUUUGAGAGUAAUUUCUUUGUAGAAAAAUAAAGAUUUUAAUAGUU